UUGAAGUUGUGGUGGUGGAAAAAGUAUGUUCUUGGGCACAAACAAUUGCGUGUGGCACCAGGUCAGCACGGGCAUGUUCAUGCCCCAUGCCGUGGAAAGAAGAAAAACAGCGUUCUCAUCCAGAAUGCUGAAACAACCUUCAAAUACAACCUACUCCAGCACAUGUUUUCACACUUCAACAACAACUCUCUUCUCUCAACCCAUUGACCCCAAAAAACUUAUUAUAACAAACAUUUCAUCCUCCAAUUCUCACGAACCAUUCAUCAAAAAUUCAGAAACAAAAAUGGGUUUGUUGGAUCUAGAGAAGCACUUCGCCUUCUACGGCGCCUACCACAGCAACCCCAUCAACGUGGCCAUCCACAUCCUCUUUGUUUGGCCCAUCCUUUUCACCGCCCAAAUCAUCCUCUACUUCACCCCCACCCUUCUCUCCCUAGGGUUCCUUCCCCCAGUGCUGGUUCUCAAUUGGGGCUUCUUCGCCACCGUUUUCUACGCCCUCUUCUACAUGGCCUUGGAUAUAAAGGCUGGUUCUUUCACUGCUUUUCUCACUUUCUUCUGCUGGGUCGCUUCUAGUUUUGUCGCCAAUACCCUCGGCUAUUCGCUCGCCUGGAAGGUUGUUUUGGCUGCUCAGGUAUUUUGUUGGACUGGACAGUUUAUUGGUCAUGGUGUGUUUGAGAAACGUGCACCAGCUCUCUUGGACAACCUUACCCAAGCUUUUCUGAUGGCUCCUUUUUUCGUGGUGCUUGAGGUUCUCCAAUCUAGUAUUGGAUAUGAACCAUAUCCAGGAUUCAAGACCAGGGUGAAGACAAGGAUAGAUUCUGAUAUCAAACAAUGGCAAGAUAAGAAACAAAAGAAGCAUUCGUAGAUUGAACACUUAGUUUACAACUUUGGAGUUAUCGACCACCUCAUAGAAACAAAAGGAAAUUGGUUAUAUCAUACCUACACACUCAAAAAAAAAAAAGUUUAUGAUGAAAGCAUUGUGUCAAUUAUCUGUCCGGUGUUAGAAGAAGCGUUGCUUAGAGUUUUUGAACAUUUUUCUUCUUGUGAAUACAUUAUUCUUCGGUUAUUGUUACAAAGUUGUCAUCAAUAAUAUACUCAUCUCAUUUUCACUUGUGCUA